UUUGUCUUAGGAAGAGAAAGAACAGAGAAGAAAAUAUGAGGCCAAAUUCAGUGGUUCUCACUCUCUUGCUUGUGUUGCUUUUUGUGGGAAUCUGUCUAGAAGUGGCCAGGGCUAAUCUUAGUGCUGCGGAGUGUCAUGAGGAGAGGAGAGUUGGAGUGAACGCAUGCAAGGCAGUUCUGCAUGGCAAGCUUCCCUCGCAGGAGUGUUGCGAGCGAUUGAGGGUCACUCAAAUUGAAUGCGUCUGCCCGGUGAUCACGCCCAAGUUGGCCGCUCUUAUCGACAUCAACCGUGCUAUCCGCCUCAUCGAGGGCUGCGGUCGCCGGGUGCCUCGCCACUACAAGUGCGGAAGCAUCACUACUCCGUGAGAGGCUGCAAAAGUUAAUUUGAUGACAGACUUCACUCGCAAUUACCAUAUACCUGUCUCGUUUUCUUUCUCUGUCCUAGUUGGAUAUUGUUGUUUGACCGUGUAGUGGGUUUUUAUUUUUUGUUUUUUGUUUUUUUUUUUUAAUUUUAAAGAAUAUCUGUGUAAUAAGAGAACUUUUGUGUUCAUUUUCUAGUACUAGGCGAGUAUUUAUGUAGAACUAAUAUUAUCAGUUGCGAUACUCUACAUGGUCAUGUAUGGAAUAUAUAUGAAUUAAUAAGUGAGGUUUUUAUUUUUA